CCUGGCCGAGGAAGGAUAGGCUCGGCGUGAUGGGGGUUGCCCCUCUUAGGAGGGUUGUACCGAAUCCUCCGAUGAGAAGGGUAGCGUUUGGACCCCUCGCGAGGGACCUGUCGUAGUGGAAGGGGGGGGGCGCCGCCAUGUUUACUCUUGGCAACCUGGGGUGGGGAACGGAACUGAGGCCGACGCCUCGCCCGUCGCCAUGUUUACUCCUGGCAACUGAGUAUGGGGGGGGGGCCCGCUGAGUGAGGCCGGGAAAGGAAGAUGACGGCGGGAAGGUCGCUGUCGUCUCCGGCGGUGGCUCUUUCAAGAGAACUAGGUGACUUGGGUCUCGGCGGCGAGAAUAAGGGCGGGCCCGGCGAGCGUUCCCGUAGUAAAGAUGGCGGCGCCCGGCGCUUGCCCGCCGGGGGAGGAAGCCACUUCCGGCGGGCGUGCGGGCCCGCAACUAAGAUGGCGGACGAGGCAACGCGGCGGGCGGUGUCGGAGAUCCCCGUGCUGAGGACCAACGGCGGCCCCCGCGACCAGGAGCUCUGGGUCCAGCGGCUCAAGGAGGAGUAUCAAGCGCUCAUCCGGUACGUGGAGAACAACAAGAACGCCGAUAACGACUGGUUCCGGCUGGAGUCCAACAAGGAGGGGACCCGUUGGUUUGGGAAAUGCUGGUUCAUCCACGACCUGCUCAAGUACGAGUUUGACCUGGAGUUUGAUAUCCCCGUGACGUACCCCGGGACCGCCCCCGAGAUCGCCAUCCCCGAGCUGGACGGGAAGACGGCCAAGAUGUACAGGGGCGGAAAGAUCUGCCUGACGGACCACUUCAAGCCCCUGUGGGCCCGGAACGUGCCCAAGUUCGGCCUGGCCCACCUCAUGGCUCUGGGGUUGGGUCCGUGGCUGGCGGUGGAAAUCCCCGACUUAAUCCAGAAGGGGCUGAUCCAGCACAAGGAGAAGUGAGGCGGCCAGUCGGUGCUCCUGCCGCCCGGGAGGGGCGCGAAGGGAACGGUGUCCGCCCCGGUCCCGGAGGCCGGGAGGGUCCCCCGCCUGGGGGACGACGAGAAGAGGGGGGACCCCCUUCCUCCCCGUCCCCACGGGCUCCCCAGGAUGUGCCUACGAAGACGCCUCUGCCCUCUCCCCUCCCGCCCCCGGCCCCCAAAUAAACGCUUCCGCCCUGCUGC